GCCGCGUAACGACGUGCCUGAAGUGUCUCGCUGAUAAACGUGUUCGAUUCCUUGGACUUUUUCAGUGGCUGUGGAAUUUCCUUUUCGAGAAAAGAAUUCACAGUUUUCAUUCUUAUUUAAGACUUUUUGUGAGACUUACUCGACAUUUCCUCAGCAGAGAAGUGCGGAAAAAAUCACUGACAACCACAAUGAAAAAAAUCGUCAUUGCAAAGAUAAUAUUGAUAGGGAUUCCAUUGUCUCUUUUCAUUUAUUCAACGGUUCCUUCUAAACAAUUUGUUCUGUGGCCAAUGGACGUCAGUCUGGAAGCAAAGGGGAUUCCCCUGACCAGUGAGGCGCAAUGCUCUCCUCAUAAUCACGUGAUGUUUAUCAAGACCCAGAAAUGUGGCUCUACCACGCUGCAGAAUAUAUUCCUACGUUAUGGCUACAAGAACGAUCUCAUCUCUGCUUUGCCAUCAAAAGGGAACUUAUUAGGGUAUCCUAAUGGCUUUAAACCGAGCCUGAUCCCCCGGCGCCUCCUUCCGCCCGAGGGCAAGGUGGACAUCUUCGCCCUCCACACCCGCGUCGCCUUCGAGGAGCAGAUGAAGGUCCUGCACAGCGACGCCCGCUGGGUCACCGUCCUUCGGGAGCCGGCCAGUCAGUUCGAGUCCUUCUACAACUACUUCAAUCUCAAGAAGUACUUCAAGAAGGAUCUCGCGGAGUUCAAGGAUAUCCCAGUUGCCAACAUCUCCCUUCCCAGGCACAGGGGCUUCUUCGGCAAGAACCAGAUGACCUUCGUGAUGGGUUACCCAGACUCCAUCUCCGGCGAACCCCUGCACCAGGCUGUUGAGGAGCUCGACCGACUCUUCGACCUGGUGCUGAUCUACGAGCACUGGGACGAGUCUCUGAUCCUGCUGCGCCACCUGCUGUGCUGGAGCCUCCACGACGUGGUUGCCUUCAAGAAGAACAGUCGCGGCAAGAGAAAGAAGCUCGCCCUGGACCCCGAGAUGCGAAGGACGCUCCGGGAGCUGAACUACGCAGACGUCGAGCUCUACGAACACUUCCUGGCCAAGCACCGUCGCGAAGUGCUUGCGUUCGGGGUUGACAGGAUGGCCAAGGAAGUCCUUUCGCUCGGGAACCUCCGGGACGAGUACAGCCGCCAUUGCGCAGCGAGGAAGGAGGCGAAGAGGGAAGCUCCGGAAGGAAGCGAGAAAGUAACCCAAGCAAAGGGAUCUGGGGACACGCUGACUGAGUCUUGUUACACUCUCUCUCUCACCGAAAUCCCGCUGAUAAGAGCCGUGAGGGAGAAACAGAUUCGCAUGCUCAAUCAGAAAAAAGCAGAUUUAAAUCAUUAACAGAAAUUUUAGCUUUAUGUUUGUCUGACUUAAUUGUAUUGUUAUUAGUUUCAUUUUCAUAUAGUCUUUUUUAUGUAUAUAUUGUUUAAUUUAAUAUCAAUAAUAUACAACGCCAAAAUGUUCAUACUAUUUUCCAUUUACUGGACAAUUUUGAUAUAUAUUUAUUGUUUGACGGUAUCUUAGUCCUUUCUUUAUGGUUAAUAAACAGCAUUGUUAAGGUUUCUAGGAAUACGCACACACACUCACACUUAGAGAGAGAGAGAGAGAGAGAGAGAGAGAGAGAGAGAGAGAGAGAGAGAGAGAGAGAGAGAGAGAGAGAGAGAGAGAGAGAGAGAGUAUAGCAUGCAAUAUAUACUAUAAUUCCAAACCCCGUUUUCACCAUGCUGUCCACCUGGUUUCUAAUAAUAAUUCAAGCCAAGCCGUGGGUCAUGACCGGAACUGAGCACUGAUACUUGAGGACAUGGUCGGCUUGACCCAGCCUCUUUCACUCACUCUGCGGACAGACAGACAGAGAAGAGUGUUGGACCGUUACCUCCUGGGUCGGGCCAGGUGCAGGACACCUCUCCAGCACUGUCCAGUCUCGUAUACAUUUUUAAAAUUCUAAUUGUAAACUAGAAUUAAAAAGUAAAGCUGUAUACGUAUGAGCACUAUCACUCCUGUUUACCAUCACCUCUGUUUACCAUUAUGUCUGGUGGCAGGGUAGUUUGUGUAUGUAAACACUACACAGCUACGUCACCGAUAAACUGCUCGCUACAUGCCCUCGAUACGAUAAACAGAAUGUCAAAACUACGUGAGAACACAUUUUGGGUCAACCUUUUCUCUUCCCUUCCUUCUCCCAUGAAUGUGUUGGGCAAAAUGUGCAGUCAUCCUCAGUCGGUUUUGCUGGUUAAGAAUACUAACUGUGGUAAUGUAAAAUUCUUACAGUGACAGGAUUUACCAAUAUUCUCACACUCGUUCAUCUUGUUCCUUUGAACAGAUGCGGGAAUGCGACUUCUGGUUCAGACUUGAAAUAUCUUUCAUUAAGUAAUUGUGAUUCAUUUCUCUCGUUUUUAGGGAUGUAUAUUGUUUCAACUACAAAGAUUUCAUUGUGUUCGCGAUUUACUCUCAACUGAGAAUUUUCUCCUUGUGAAUUCACAAUUAUUUCACGAAAACUAUGUAAUCCAUUCCACUCUUUUACGAGUUUCGUUGAUUAAUUGUUAGAAAUACACUCGUUUUUGGACU